UCGUCCUGACACUGCCAUGUUGGAUGGAGCUGGCUCCGGGCUCUCUGGCGGCCGGACUUCCCAGGAAAGUUUUUCACCGUUUUCCGUCUUCGCCCUGCCGCUGCAGUUUUGGAGCGGGACGUCGCGGUGCAUACCGACACAGCAUACGUUUUUUUUGUGGCAGUCCACCCUUGAGGACCCCCUGGGAUAAACCGAACCGGUGUGAGGUUGAAGGGGGGGGUGGGGGGUCGGAUGAAGGCCACGGAUGACCGAGGGAUUGUUUAUGUAUCUUUGUGGGUCUCACAUAACGAGCUACAGUCGGUGCAUACUUUAUAAAUUGAAACACCAAUAAUGAGUGGACAUCCGCCGCAACGGCGGCAAACAAAUGUCGGGUCCAUACUACUGACACAGCAGGAAAAUGAAUGCCUUUUCAACCACCUUGGCAGGAAAUGCAUCACAUUGUCUUCAGCAGUGGUCCAGGUGUUCACAGCUGAUAGGAACUCCAGCUGGAACAAGAGAUGCUGCGGCGUGGCCUGUUUGGUCAAAGACAACCCCCAACGAUCCUACUUCAUCAGGGUCUUUGACCUCAGGGAUGGUAAGAUUACGUUUGAACAGGAGCUGUACAGCAACUUCAACAUCUACCUCCCCAAAUCUUACUUCAUGACAUUUGCUGGCGAUACAUGUCAAGUGGGUCUGAACUUCGCCAGCGAGGAAGAGACGAAGCGUUUCCGUAGCCAACUUGGAGAGCUAAUCGGGAGAAGACAGAGGAAAACUGAGAAGAGACGCGACCCUCCAAAUGGACCGACGUUGCCCAUGGCUACCGUCGACAUCAAAAACCCCGAGAUCAGCAGUCAUCAGCGUUACCAUAACAACUCUCAGGUGAACAACAUUGCGCACUCCUUCCCCAAGAGGGAGAAAAAGGCCAAGGGGAAGAAGAAGAAGUUGACCAAGGCGGACAUCGGCACACCAAGCAACUUCCAGCACAUUGGGCAUGUAGGAUGGGAUCCAAACACAGGCUUUGACUUGAAUAACUUGGACCCAGAGCUGAAGAACCUGUUUGACCUGUGCGGCAUCUCUGAGGCUCAGCUGAAGGACAAGGAGACCUCGAAGGUCAUCUACGACUUCAUCGAGAAGAAAGGAGGCGUAGAAGCUGUCAAAAAUGAGCUACGGAGACAAGCUCCUCCGCCCCCUCCAUCCAGAGGCGGCCCUCCUCCUCCUCCACCCCCCCACCACAGCUCAGCCCCUCCUCCCCCUCCUGCCCGGGGCCGAGGUGCCCCACCUCCCCCCUCCAGAGCUCCCAUCUCUGCGCCCCCUCCUCCCCCUCCAUCCCGACCGGGCAUGUCUGCUCCGCCGCCGCCUCCCCCGCCGAGCCGAGGCUCCCUCCCGCCUCCGCCUCCGCCAGCCCAUGCCUCACUUCCCGUGGCGCCACCCCCGCCACCUCCUCCUCCCUCAUCUUCAACUCCAUCCAGUAUGGGCGGACCGCCUCCUCCUCCUCCUCCUCCUCCACCCCCUGGCCCUCCACCCCCUGCUCCUCCGCUGCCCACUGAGGCUAACGGAGGGGACGGCGGUGUGCCCACGAAGUCGGCACUGCUGAGUCAGAUCAGAGAAGGCACCCAGCUGAAGAAGGUGGAGCAGAAGGAGAGGCCGGUGUCCAGCAGCACCGGCAGAGACGCACUUCUGGACCAAAUCAGACAAGGAAUCCAACUUAAACCGAGAGAUGACAACACCGAUUCAACACCUUCCACCCCGGCCCCCUCGGCAGGCAUCGUCGGGGCCCUGAUGGAGGUGAUGCAGAAACGGAGCAGGGCUAUUCACUCUUCAGAUGAGGACGAUGACGACGAUGAAGAUGAGGACUUUGAGGAUGAAGAUGAAUGGGAGGACUAGUGAUUUAUUUUUUUUCCCUCCCCCCAAACCCCCGGAUGAUUCUGACACUAAAAUUGUUCUUGUCUUUCUAAAAAGAAAUCUUUAAUUUCAAAAUUAUAAAUGUAAAUGUUCUAUCAAUUUGCUGUAUAUUUUUGUUGCCUUUAUGCUUUUUUUUUCUUUUUCUUUUUUAUUAAUCUGUGCAAUACCUCAUUUAAUCUGUACAUGUUUGUCAUUCUCACAUCUUAGGUUGUUGUUUCUUCUCCGUCACGUCUGUCUCCGUCGGCUCCAUCUCUUGUCUCUCAAUAGCAAUAUGUCACGUGUCAUUUUAACUAUGUUCUGCUUUUUUCCCCGUGUCUGUGCGUCUUUUUUCUCCUUCCUCCCACGUCCCCAACUCUUUCAUGUCUAUCACCUCCAUCUGUCAGUCAUCCUUCAUAUUUGCUGCCUCCCAUCAUCCCAUCAUCUCUGUCACUCUCCCGUGUUCCCACUCCCGAGAUUGACGUGCAAUUUUACAUCAAGUUGUCUCUUGAACUUUCAGAGUUGAAUGUUUUUUUUUUGGGGGGGGGGUUGGUCAGGGAUUGAAGGGGGGAGGGCUUACGAAAUAAGUUUCCACGAAUCCUUCAUCGGUCGCGUCGUCAUUGUUCGUCAGCAGAAAAGAAAAAAAAGAACUAUUUUCAUACCCUAUUGCUCUGUAGUUUAUUUUUACUUAUUCAAAUGAUCCUAGUUUAGCACUCAUAUUUUCUUAAAACAAAGAAGAAGAAAAAAGGAAAAUCCUCUUUUUUGGAAUAUUUAGCUUCAUUUGCUGUCGACUGUAAAUUUGCUCCAGAGUUUGAGUCUUGUUAUAUUUUUGCACAGAUUGAAAGAGGAGACUCGCUGCAUGAAUACAGGACAUUUUCAGGUCUGUAUCAUUAUUGAACAUACAUAUGCUUUAAGUAAUGGGGCAAAAUACACUCUGACAUUACGCAUUUUUUUUAAAAACCGUUAACCCACCACACUACAUACAGCGCAUGCAUGGAGGUAGCCCUCAGCGUUACGGCUGGCUAUCUGUUGUGAAUUUUAGUUCUCUCUUUUUUCCCGUCAUUGUCACUCUGCAGAUUCAGAUGAAAUUGUGUUUUUCUUCUCUCUCUUUUUUUUUUUUUUACAAUAGCAAGCAGAGUAUUAAUAAAUGCCUGUUUGCUUCAAUCAGGUCAUUCAUCAUGUAAAGCUUAAACAAUAAAGACAUUUUAGUUUUACACACCUGAUUCUUAUAAUGGGUCCAUAUGCUUAGUUACUGUACAGAAACAGCGGGGCUAACGCAGUGUUCCUCCUGUUGUAGACACUUAAGUGCUGACACAAUAUAGGGACAAACACUAGAUUCAUGGCAUUAUUCGAACAAGUAUCGAUAUUUUCUUGACUAACUAGUAAAUCAUGAGGUGUGAUAUAGGAACUGCUUAUUAAAAAAAAAAUAAAAAGAACAGUGGUCAAUUAUUCCCUACAAAGACCAAACAUGUCGGAUGUCGACAUUCAGUUUAUCCCAAUAAUUCCUGCUAUGUGUUCAUUAAAGGGUGGAUUUGUCACAAAGAACGACACUUUAAUGCCAAAUUGUCACAUAAAUUACAAAAAAAAAAAAAAAAAACCUGCUUUAGUUUUAAUAAAAGACACAACAAUGGCAUGUGACUUGUCCCGUUGUGGUAAAUCCAUCCAGUCUGGCUCAAAAUAAAAUAAAAGUUAAUAUACUUUGCAAUGCUUGCAAACAACCAGAUGAGAUGUUUUUCUUUUCUUUUAAAGCUACUGUAACUUGCUAAACAGCAGCUGCUGCAGCCACAAAGUCAGAAAGAUGCUGCUUUGACAGUAGCACAAACGGAGAAAAAAUGUUUUUAAAAAAGCAAUAUCUGUCUGAAGUUUUCUCACUUUAGCCAGUAUCUGGUCAUACCAGACCAAAAAAAAAAGGCUGUAGCAGUGUGUUUCAUUGCUAAUGAAUUCAACUUUUAAUGUGUAACAGGAACAAUGUUAUUUUUCUUUAGUCUUGCUUUAAAUAUUUGCAUUAACGGGUGCCAGAGCUGCUAACUGCUAACCCUUUGUUCCUCUUUAAAUCGCCAGAUAAAGCUUGGCCUUUCGGGUAGCCGCGUUAGCUCUGCAGUAUCUGUUUAAUAAUUGAAUUCAAUUUAGGAGUCGUUAGCUGCUCAUUUGGUUUUCGGUGGUUUAAAAAAAAAAGUGUUUAAAUAAAGAACAUCUCGUAACAGCAUUUUAUGCCGUACUGGGCAAACUAAUUCACCGCUUAGCACUUGGUUAAGAUUUUAAGAGCUAAUUUUGCACAUGCUAACAUGAUGUGAACUAAUACCGAAACAGCUGAUGUUUUAAAACUUUUUUUUUUGGUGUUUGCGAGGAAUGUUGACGUCUUUUAAAUUCUGUCUUUGAGAGACAAAUUGCCACUCGUUUGAUGUAAGAACUGACCUCUUUUGUCGAAUAUCAUGAUACUUUUUUGGGGAAAAAAACCUAGCCAUGUUUUCGCUGAUGUUAGCUUCUGUAGGUAACUUGGUAAAUAGGAUGUUAUGGACGCCAAGUCUUAUCAAUAAGGCUUGACAAAUAAUGAACUCUUACAUUGUACACUCCAAUAAAAGGUUGAUAUUUA